GAAAAGCACCCGGUGAGCUCUAACCGAUUCUGAAGCGCCCCUCGCCCGAGCGCCCCUCUUGCCCGCGCUUUACCAUCGGGGGUCCCAUGCAGACUCAAACCCACAACAAUUUGCUCACUUUGCAAUUGAUUGUCUUUAUUAACUAUUAGUUACAACUACUACAUAAACUUACUGCGAGAAUGGCGCCUCUUCAAGUGUUGACACUAAACUGCUGGGGCCUCUGGCUGCUUUCCAAGAAGCGAUACAAUCGCAUCCUUCACUUAGCCGAGUUCCUGGCAAACGACGGCAAAGAGAAGCAUGAACUGGACAUUGUACUGCUUCAGGAGGUGUGGUGUGACUGCGACGUGGACGUACUCAUUAGCGCCGCCAAGCUGUCCGGGCUCACACACGCCACCCACUACCGCUCCGGCAUAUUCGGGUCCGGACUGCUCACGCUGUCCAGGUACCCCAUCACGGAAACAGACUUCCAUUUGUACAUGGCGGCAGGUGACCCGGCAUCCAUCGGCUGCGGCGACUACUACGCGGCCAAAGGCGUGGGCUACGCGCGUGUGUCCGCCCCCUCCGGCCCGCUGGACGUGUUCAACACGCACCUUCACGCCAACUACCACCACACCUACGACAAGCCGGCCGGGCCGCACGACGUGCCCGCGCCCUGCACCGACGACUUCGCCGCGUUCCGGAUGGCGCAGAUCCUGGAGCUGGCCCGCUACGUCAACACCACCAGUCGCGCCUCGGGUGCUGCAGGUGUGGUGCUGGGCGGAGACCUCAACUCCAAGCCCGGAACACUGGAGCAGGAGGUGCUGAGGGCGCUGCUGCCGCAGCUGCGCGACUCCUGGUCUGAGACGCACGCCCCCGGGGAGGCCGGCUACACGUGCAAGGCGCCCGGCAACACCUUCCCGCCGCGCCGCCAGCCGCCGGAGCGCAUCGACUACGUGCUCACCACCCUGGGCGUGGCCGCAUGCGACAUCAAGUUAGAGCACACCUCCGAGGGCCACUCCUACUCCGACCACGUGGCGGUGCGGGCGCAGCUGCGGCUGCCCGCGCCCGGCGCGCCCGCCGCCGCGCCGCCGCCCGCGCCCGCGCCUGCCCGGCGGCUGGCGCUGCUAGCGGCGGCGGAGCGGGUGGUGGGCGGCGGCCUGGAGCGGGCGGCGCAGGCGUCUUCGGGGCACAUCAUGUUCAGCGCGAUCAUGGCCGUGCAGGCGAUUGGCUUCUGCUUCUUCGCCCAGCUCAUGGCGCUGCUGGGCAAGUCGCUCCACCCGCACGCCACCUUUGCGCCGCCGCUGGCCGCAAUCGUGUGUGCGGCCGGCGCCGCCAUUUUCUUCGUCAUGGGUGUGGCGGCCGACGGCGGCCAGGCGCGGGCGCUCCAGCAGGCCACGCAGCAGCUGGGCGUGAUGGUGGAGGCGGCGGGCGGGCGGCCCGGGCGCGUGGUGACGGCCGGCCUGGGUGGCAGCGGCUCAGAGGCGGCGGGGGCGGCGGGUGCUGGGGAUGGCGUGCGGGAGGAGGGCGCGGAGGGCGGGAAAGGCACGGCGGGUGCGGGCAGCAAGAAAAAGAAAUGAGGGGGCAAGGUUUGGUGGCCAGGGAGGGGGGGAGUUGAGUGGCGGGAGAGGCUGAUUGGAGUAAUUUAGAUGAUCAGUAGUAGUAAUUUAACAGCCCGGCAGCUGGGGACGAUUGGAUGGCUGGCUGAGCGCAGGGCGCCAGGAGACGCGGUCCGUGUUCGAAUGGUGUGAUUGGCGUCGCGGACGAGAACGAACGAGGCAGACAUUGACUGCUUGUGCAUCAUGGCGAGCGGCUGUCACCGAGGCAAUGAUUGCAGCACUGCAAGUAAAUCGGGUGGUAACGGGCGAGUUUCGGAUACAGAUGGUAUGGUGUGGUGGCAUGACCGUGUCAGGUGUGAGGAGCAUGCCAGCGCAAGGCAGCGCUUAAUCAGGGGCAUGAGCGGCGGUCCUCGAUCGCUUGGUGCGUAUGACGAGUGUGCUGGCUUGACAUGUAGGAUGGGUGUGUCAUUAUCAUAAGGCGCGGUCCAGACCUUGAUGGCGGGCACGCAGUACGGCACUUCGGAGCUGCUCAAAGCAAUCUUGAGCCCGAGGAUUGCAGACGUCAAUGCUAUGGUAUGCACUCUAAAUAGCAAAUGUAACUUAACAUACGCUCUUACUUGAGUUUGCUGUUGAUACUGCGGUUUGCAUGAUAUCGAUGGACGUUGACCGCGGCAGCCUUCCUAACGACGGUGAUGCUAAUGAAGACUGGUCCAAACUGACUCCGGAACUAAUACGUGAAGUAGCCAAGCAUUUGUCGCCUAACGAUGCAGCAAUUAACCUGCGCUUGCUUAACGCGGAGACGGCAGCCGCCCUGCGCGAGCGCUACAACAUUAUUCGUCUAGACCGAU